GGGGUUUAGGGUAGGUUCUGUUUCCGGGCAAACACAAACACACGCGCACAUGUGAGGAAAGCGGCGGUUGCGUGCUGCCCUCUCGCCACUGACUCUGUCCAGACACAGCGCCCGCGUCCUGCUCGGGUCCCCGCAGAAGACGGUGCGAGUGUCCAGCAGCUGGGAGACGAGGCGUGUGUCCCUGAGCCGUAGGCGCCGUUCGCUACCUCGCCUCCACAAACACUCGGCUCCGAUGGCCGAGUCAGAGCCCGCGCCCGUCCCGGUGGGGGAGAAGAGAGGCUGUCCAGAGAAGGAAGGAGACGACGCGCCAUCGAAGAAACCCAGAGUGGAGCGCGAUCACGAAAACGGAGGUCCCCCUCACCGAGAUGAGGAGAAGGAGCCCGAGGGGGAAGCGAGCGGCGGAGAGGAGGAAGGCGAGACCUUUGCCGACAUGAUGAAGCAUGGUCUCACCGAGUUGGACGUGGGCAUCCUGAAGUACGUCAGUGACCACAAGGGCUUCUCGGGCAUCCUAAAGGAGAGAUAUUCCGAUUUUGUGGUGCAUGAAAUCAACAAACAAGGAAAGAUAGUGCAUUUAGACGACCUUUCUGUCCCCGCAGAGCCUGAGGAAGUCCCAGAGGCUGAGGAGCAGCCAGAGGAACUUGACGUACUGACUGAAGAGCAGAAAAAGCAGCUGGGAGAGCUGCAGCUCUUCAAGAAUAAAGAGGACAACGUCUCCAUUGAGGUGUUGGAUGACACAAAAGAGAAGAGGACGCUGGUCCACAAAGCCAUCAAGACUCAGUUUCCUGGUCUGGAAACAAAGACAGAAGAGAGGGAAGGACGCAAGUUCAUAGUGGCUUAUCACGCUGCUGGGAAGAAAGCACUAGCAGCUCCAAGGAAACACUUCUGGCCCAAAAACCGCGGCAGCUUUUGCCACUUUACCCUGUACAAGGAGAAUAAAGACACCAUGGACGCCAUCAAUGUGCUCUCAAAGUUCCUCAGGCUUCGACCCAACAUGUUUUCCUACAUGGGGACCAAGGACAAGCGGGCCAUCACUGUGCAGGAAAUUGCUGUGCUCAAGAUCACAGCGGAGAGGUUGGCUCAUCUCAACAAGUGCCUCAUGAACCUCAAGCUGGGGAACUUUUGCUACAAAAACCAUCCUCUGAAGCUCGGGGAGCUGCAGGGAAACCACUUCACUGUGGUGAUCAGGAACAUCUCAGGAACAGAUGAGCAGGUUCAACAGGCCAUGACCUCCCUCAGGCAGACAGGUUUCAUCAACUAUUACGGCAUGCAGCGCUUUGGCACCACGGCUGUUGCUACACAAACCGUUGGCAGGGCCAUUUUGAGAAAUGACUGGAAUGAGGUGGUUGAUUUGAUUCUGAAGCCUCGGCCCGGAGCGGAGAAAGAAUUCCUGGUCCGCUGUCGGGAGGAGUGGGCAAAGUCUCAGGACCCAGAGGCAGCCCUGAAAAAGCUGCCUAACAAACGCUGUGUGGAGGGGCAGCUGCUGCGAGGCCUGUCGAUGUACGGCAAGAAGAACAUCGUCACCGCCUUUGGACUGAUCCCCCGUAACAACCGCCUGAUGUACAUCCACAGUUACCAGAGCAAGGUUUGGAACACUAUGGUGAGCCGGAGAAUCGAAGCCUUUGGCCUGAAGGCUGUGGAGGGUGACCUGGAGCUCAGAGGAACCACAGCACAUGUGCUGACCGCAGAGGAGGCCGAGAGUCGCAGCAUCCAUGACAUUGUGAUGCCUCUUCCUGGGUAUGACGUCAUCUAUCCCACUCACCAUGUGGGUGAAGGUUACAGGGAGCUGCUCACUGCCGACGGGCUCGACCUCGACAACAUGAGACACAAAGUGAAGGACUACUCUCUGGCUGGAGCUUACAGACGCGUCAUCAUCAGACCCAGCGAUGUCAGCUGGGAGGUGAUUCAGUAUGACGACCCCAGGAUCUCCCUGGUGCACAGUGAUUUUGAGAUAUUGGAGAAAAAAGCCGCCCCAGUUUUCAACAAAGAGGGGAAGCAUCGGGCUCUGCGGAUGGAGUUCUCUCUGCCUCCCUCGACCUAUGCUACCAUGGCGAUCCGAGAGGUGCUCAAGCUGGACACCAGCAUCAAAAAACAGACGCAGCUCAACACCACCUGGUUCAACUGAGACAAAAACGUACUCAUAAAUAGCAUAAAUCGGAUGGCUGCUGCAGGCUGUCCACUGUGGCUGCUUUAAGUAAAGUGUGUGUGUGUGCGCGCGUGCGUGCUUGCGUGCGUGUUAGAGCAGGUGUUUGGGUUCCAUAAGAAUCCAAAUGUUAUUUCUUUGAGUUACAAGGAGUAACAUAUACUAUUAGAUAAUACGUUUAAAAAAUAUGUUGUUUUUUUAAAUAAUAUUUUUACUUGCUCUAAAGUGUUUUCUGUGCAGCAAUGAUUUAGCAUCUUUUGACAAUGAUUGAAAUCAACCUUGUGAGUUCAGGGCACUCUAAUAUAUAGUAAUCCCUGCUGUACAGGCUGAUCUGAUCUUUGUACAGAAACCAGUUAUUGUUUUUUUUCAUGUUUUUUUCUCUUUUAAACUGAAUGAAAAGACUCUUGAAGAGAGAAAUUAAAAGAAUAUCAAUGUUGA